AUGUGGUUCCCACGAGCCUCUAUCUCAAAACAUGCGGCCCAAAAGAAGCAUAUCGCAAACGUGCAGAAUCACCAGCUGCAGCUGCGAGAGCAGGCACGCAAGCGUGCCGCCGAGAGUUCUUACAGCCAACAGCAACACGAUCGGCAAUCUCACUAUGAAGACGACAUUGAUUGGUAUGACGAGUAUGAUCAACGCGCCGGCCCAACCUACGAUUACGGCGCACAUGACAAUACCGGCCAAUCGAAAGCUUGGUACGACGCGGACGGCGAAGAAGUCUUUUUCACCGCAGGCGAUGAGUCCUUCAACGCGCUUGAAGCCUCACUCGCACGGGCGCUCAAAGACGCGUCAAACGCUGCUGUCGAACAUUUUCAAGGUCAUGAAAUCCCUCUUCACGAUGAUACUGAAGAUUUCAACUUAGGAUAUCGACAAGAGUACGAUAACCCGCCUAUUGAAGACGUCUUCAAGGCUCACGCAGAUCGCACAGCUGCAACGCAACAAGGACAUACCGGCCAGUGGGCACCAUACCCGGACAAGGCAACUUUCCUUACCGACCUGCUGUUCAGGUCACCUCGGUUGCGCUUCUCUCGAGCACAACAAAAAGCAAUACUUCAAUGGGCUCGACAUCUCGGCGCAACGGUCCCUUCGCACUGGGGAGUCUCGAAAGCACAUGAAGAAGUGAAGGAGGAGGUUGGGAUAUCUACGCAGAGGCAGGAGUCAGCACAGGGUCAUGUCUGGUAUCUCAACAAGAUCGGGGACUCGAUUGCCAAGGACAUCUCCAAUCCAAUCACUCGGCCUGAGAUGGUGUUCUACCCCGAAUAUGCGAAUGAAAAGAUGUCCCAAGUCUGGCACGGGGAGAAGAUGUUGCGUGAUGUCCCUGACCACUUGCUUACACCAAUGGUCAGGGUGGGCAGUGGUCGCAUCUUCUACGUCAACGAGCUUGUCUCCCUGACCAACAACGGCUGGUUCAUCCCCACUCGUUGGUUCAUGCAGAAGGGGAAGAGUGGCUCCGAGUCACGGAUGUAUGCCAUGGGACACGAUGUUGUCAAAGCACAGGAUGGAACUCUUAUCCAGAUGGACGAUUUGGUCACCGUUCCGGUGGACACAUUCACUGCAACUUACCCGGAGCUCUUGCGGGACAAGUUUUCGGGCAGGUGCCCGCUUGCAGAGACAUGCAAAUUCCGAGACAAGAUGCCGCACCCAUUGCGAGAGAAAGCUGUCAACCGGCCGGUUUACUCUAUCCCGGUGAUUGUUUUCCUUGACGAUGUCUCGGGAAAUCAGUCAAAACAGUGGAAUAAACACUUCUCGUGCUAUCUCUCGAACGGUGCUCUACCCCGAGAGAAGCUUUCUGAGGAGUUCCACGUGCGGUUUGUUGCUACAUCUCCUCAUGCUGCCCCUCUCGAAAUUAUGGAAGGAGUACGUUCUUCUAUUGCGGAAACCUAUCGUGAUCCUAUCAAGGCAUAUGACUGCCAAUCAAAAGAGGAAGUGCUCAUUCAAGUAUACCCACUUCUGUUCGCUGGUGACAACCCAAUGCAAGCCGAGCUUUGUAGCUGCUCUGGUCUAAACUCAAAUUAUUUCUGUCGGACUUGCAAGUGUGGAGGUACUCAGGAAUUCAAGAGGACGGAUGCUGGCUAUGCGAGUCUCUUUGAGAGCGGCAGCUUAAGGUCGAGCUGGGAUACAUACGAGGAGCUAUGCAAGCAGUAUGCUGUUGCCUAUGAAUCAGGAGCUUCCACAAAGCUCGCCGAAUCGUCACGUGCCUCUGGUGUCAAAGACCCAAUCGCACAGCCGAUUCUCGACUCGAUGAUUAAGAUUGGCCAGGAGAUUCGCAAGAACAACCCUCACCGAGUCGCAAAAGCCACACCAGAAGAAGUUCAAGCACUCCUUGACGCAGAGCUUCGCAAAGCUCGCUCCCGUGGCAGUGUCAUUAAUCCGCUCCUGCAGAUGGACGACUAUGGUGUCGACAUCAAUAAGGACACUCCGACCGAGAUUCUCCACACUAUCCUACUUGGUGUGGUGAAAUACUUUUGGGCGCAGACAACAACACUUCUUGAGAAGGACAAGAAACUGGCCAUCUUCGAAUCACGUUUACGAUCAGUUGAAGAGUCUGGACUGAAUAUCCCCAAGUUGUCGGCGGAAUACAUGUGUCAGUAUAAAGGUGGUUUGAUUGGUAAGCACUUCAAAUCGCUAUCACAAGUUAUGGCGUUUGCGGUGCACGAUCUCGUUCCCCAAGAUGUCUUGAACAGCUGGAUUAUCAUUGGACGACUUGUAGUCCUUCUCUGGCACACGGAGAUUGAAAACAUCGACAACUAUACGGAUGAACUUAACUCUACCAUUGACGACUUCUUGCUCUUGACGGCAAAGUGCAGUCCGGCAAUCAUCAUCUCAAAACCAAAGUUCCAUUUCCUGAUUCACCUGGCCUUCUAUAUCCGACGUUUUGGCCCAGCACUGCUGUUUUCGACCGAACGAUACGAGUCUUACAACGCCGUCUUCCGUGCUGCAUCCAUCCACAGUAAUCACCAGGCACCAAGCCGCGACAUCGCCUGGUGUUUUGCCAGCAUGGACACCGUCAAACAUAUCGCGACAGGAGGCUGGUGGAAGAGCAAAGCACGGGGAGGGAAGUGGGUGCAAGCAAGCCCCAGGAUCCUCGAGUUCAUCAGUCAGUAUUCGGAGUUUGCUGAGUUGCUUGGGUUGUCGACGCAGGAGCCAAUUGUUCCGGGUUCUAUCAACAACUCGCAUGUAUACUCGCCGGAGCAAAGGAAGGAGGAACCAGACUCGGAGCCAAGUUACAAGGAGCCAAACCAAAGUCGCAAGGCGCCGGAUCCAGUCGAGUGGACAGCUACAAUCGCUCAUGCUCAUCUCGCGCAGCCACCAGCUAAUGCUAUCUACCAUGCCAAAGACUUUGCGACGAAGGCACAGGAUGUUGUCAAGGUCGGCGGUCACGUCAUUGCCAGACAUGAGGGUGGCAUAUACUCACCACUCACAAUAGGUCGAGUGGUCGAGAUACUGGGUCCAACAUCUUCUUGGACUCAAUCUCCGCAUGGAGUCAAAGUGACGGUGCAACUGUUUGAUUUUGCUGAGCAGCCUCACCCCAUUUUGCAUAUGCCAGUCGUACUCAAAUCCGACUCUUUCUCCGUCCUAAAUGCUUCGGAUAUUCUUGCGGCAGUCAACCUCCAGCACGAUUGCCAUGCUGGAAACUGCCAGCCUGGUGAGGCACGACACACAACGCAGGAGCGCGAAGUGACAUCACGGACCCGCAUGUAUGUUCGACACACGGAUCACAGCCGCUACAUAGUCAACAUGCAUGCCAUUCACAACCACCGGAUCCUCAAGGACGCAAUACCGCCCAGCCUCAAGCCUUCUCGACUUGUGGAUUCAGCCACGGAAUCCGACAUCAAGGUUACUGCCGCCACUCACAUCCGGGGCAAAAGGCAGAAACAACAAGAAAAAGCGAAGGAAGUUCUCAUCAACAAUGUCAUAGAUCGUACGACCACAUCCAGCGCUGACAUGCCUGAGGACAAAGCUCUUGCAGCUGUCGAAAACAACGACAACCUCAUCAAAAUUACUGAAGGACUUGUUAUGCCAUCGGAAGCUGCUGUGGACAACGACGAAGGUAGCAACAUCGCUUAUGAGCAGCAACAGACUUCAUCCAAUCAGCCCUCCGAGCCACAGUGUACUCAAGCUCGUAAUCCGAAGACACUUCCACGGCAUGAAUUUGCCUUCGACCAUGAUGAAUCAUCACAGACAGGCAAUGGUAACAAGGCUUGGGAAUCCGCUCCAAACGACGUCCUUAAACAUUGGUGCCGCCUCAAUAAGGUUCCUUUGACUGGCAAGAAGUCUGAUAUUGUUGAGAGACUCAGGGCUCACUUCGAACGCACGUCUCUUCCGCCUCCUUCAUUCAAUGACCUUGUCAUCGCCAAAAAGGUCGUGCAAACUCAGAGACUUGAGAAAGCUCUGGUCAAGACGCAACUGGGCGAUGAUCAGAAACGCAAGAGAGCAGCAGAAGAGGCCGAAGAGCCUGAGGACAGCUCGCGCGCUGCAAAAUGGCCACGUACCGACGUCUGA